UCCAGUAGCAUCAUUUUGACUGCAUGGUAUGCUGGUGUUGCUUCCAUAGGUUAGCAAUGCUGCCAUGGGAUGAGUCCAUCUUGUAUUGUUGUGCCUCAGUGCACUGCUGGUGGUGACUCAUCGAUCUCACUGGGAGGGUUCAUGAGAGAUGACAUAGUGGCAGAGUAUAACCCAGACCAGUAUUUAUGGGAAUCAGAAUUCACUCUUGCCAGCAGAAAAUUCAAACGUCUAGACUUGGAGCUUACAAAUACAAGAGGUCAUACCUUGCAGUGCAGUCACUACGUUCCCUCUGAUGUCCCAGAAAACAUGGCUCUUCCCUGUGUCAUUUACUGCCAUGGAAACAGUGGAUGUAGAGCAGAUGCAAAUGAAGCAGCAGUAAUCCUUCUUCCUUCAAAUAUUACAGUCUUCACUCUUGACUUUUCAGGCUCGGGACUAUCUGGUGGUGACCAUGUCAGCCUUGGUUGGCAUGAGAAAGAUGAUCUCAGAAUUGUGGUCUCAUUCCUGCGAAGCAAUAAGCAAGUUUCCUGUAUAGGCCUUUGGGGACGAUCUAUGGGUGCUGUCACAAGCCUUCUUUAUGGUGCAGAAGACCUCUCUAUUGCUGGCUUGGUGCUGGAUAGUGCAUUCUCUAAUUUAUUUGAUCUAAUGAUGGAGCUUGGGGACGUUUACAAAAUUCGGCUUCCCAAAUUUACGGUAUGCCGCAGCCUGUUCCCACCCUUUCUUUUCCUGCCACCCAGAGAGAGAUUUCUUUUAAGCUCUUGUUUAGAUUAA